AUGUUGGCAGCUCUCCGCACGCAGGCAUCUGCGACCGUGCCAGCCUCGGCGUUCCUCCGCUCCACGCUCCCCACUCGAACCUUCUCCUCCUCCUCCGCUCGCCUGCUCACCUCCUCCAAGGUCUACCCGUCCGCCGACGAAGCCGUCGCCGACAUCAAGUCCGGUUCUACUCUGCUCUCCGCCGGAUUCGGUCUCUGCGGCACCCCCGAAACGCUCAUCGCCGCCAUCUCGCGUCACCCGCACAUCAAGGACCUCACCGUCGUCUCCAACAAUGCCGGAACGGGCGACUUCGGUCUCGGCAAACUGCUCAGGUCCAGACAGAUCAAGAAGAUGAUCUCGUCGUUCAUCGGAGGGAACAAGUACUUUGAAUCGCAGUACCUCACCGGACAGGUUUCGCUGCAGCUGACACCGCAGGGUACGCUGGUGGAAAAGUGCAGAGCCGGUGCUUUCGGUAUCCCCGCAUUCUACACUCCCACGGGGUACGGUACCGCUGUUCAGACCGGUGAUCUCGUCGUGAGGUACGAAAAGCGCGAGGAGGGAAGCAAGGAGCCGUUGAAGGCAGCAGAGAUGGCCAAGCCGAAAGAGGAGAGGAGCUUCAACGGUAGGAACUACAUCCUCGAGGAGGCCAUCUACGGCGAUGUCGCCAUCAUCCACGCUUGGAAGGUCGACGAAGCGGGUAACGCGAAAUUCCGAUACGCGGCCAACAACUUUAGCGCUCCCUUUGGUAAGAACGCCAAGAUCACGAUUGUGGAGGCCGAGGAGAUCGUUCCGGUGGGAACAUUGGGGGCGGACGAGAUCCAUCUGCCGGCGAUAUUCGUCGACAGGAUCGUCAGGAGUCAGCACGAGAAGCAGAUCGAGGUCAAGACUGUUUCGGAUGCACCCAAGAGCGGCUCGUCGAGCGGUGCAGAUGCAGCCAAGCAAGAAGCCAAAGACCGACGUGUUCGCAUUGCAAAGCGAGCUGCAAAGGAAGUUCAGGAUGGUGACUACAUCAAUUUGGGCGUCGGAAUGCCGUCUCUCGUCCCCAACUACUUGCCCCCGGGAGUCAACGUUGUGCUGCACUCCGAGAACGGAAUCCUCGGCAUGGGUCCCUACCCCAAGACCUCCGAACUCGACGCCGACAUCGUCAACGCCGGCAAGGAGACCGUCACCCUCCUCCCCGGUGCCUCGACGUUCGACUCCUCCGAAUCCUUCGGCAUGAUCCGUGGCGGUCACAUCAACGUAACCAUGCUCGGAGCCCUCCAAGUCGGUGCCAACGGCGAUCUCGCCAACUACAUGAUCCCCGGCAAAAAGGUCUCUGGUGUAGGUGGUGCGAUGGAUCUCGUUUCCAACCCCAGCAACACCAAAGUCGUCGUCGUCAGCGAUCACGUGGAUAAGAACGGAAGGAGCAAGAUCGUCGCAGACUGCAAACUGCCCUUGACAGGUUCGAGGUGCGUCAGCAGGAUCGUCACCGAUCUCUGCGUCUUCGACGUCGAUCGUGUCGGCGACCAGGGCUUGACCCUCAUCGACCUGCAGGACGGAGUAACGGUUCAGGAGGUUAGGGAGAAAACGGAUGCUCCGUUCAAAUUGGCACCCGGUAUCAAGGAGUGA